GUCCAUUCUCUCUCUCUCUCUCUCUCUCUCUCUCUCCAUCACUUUGGACUGAGAACUUCGAAACGCCUCUUUUGCCUUCUAUUUUAUACCCUCAGGCUAGCCUCUCAAUCGCCAGAUUGGCUUCGUUUCUCCGUCUCUCCAGAUUCAGGCCUCUUCCCUUCUUGUUGUUCUUAUCGGCGCCAUGGAAGAGCCCGUCGAUUUCCAGGACUGGGAGCUCCUCCAGACUUCCGAGGUGGCCGCCGCCGCCGAAAAUUUGAAGCAUUUGGGGGAGUUGGAGGCCGACUCCGACGACGGCGGGGCCAUCAAGUCCGACUACUUCGCGCUGGACUCCGACGCUAGGUACCCCAAAAGAGCCGCCUUGGCAGGAGGGGACAGCCAGGAGGAAGAGGGCCUCGCCGACUCCGAUAACCCUAGCUGGGUCGACCCGGAAUCCGACUCCCAGUACCUCGGCCGGCCCAAGGGGGUGCUGGGACUCGCCGGGAUCGGAUUACCCCGCAGGGAUUUGGGCGGGUUUUGGUCGGAUGAGUCCUCAGAUGGCCAAAGGUCCCAGCUUGUUAGCGAAAAGGGGGAUCUUGGCCAUGCGGGGGAUUCCAGGUUUGAAUUGGAUUUCGAAGGGAUCGAGGAUGGGCAUCAGAAUUCCGAUAACAAUGAUGCGAGCUGUGGAGGGAUUGGGGAGACUGGCGGAGGUGAGACGGGGAAGAAGGAGCCUGGUAAAAUGGACUCUGAUGCAUCGGUGGAAAUGGUGGACAAGAGAGUUCCUUCAGAAACUGUCUCGGUUAGUGGAGGAGAGAAGAGGGUGAUGGUGUGGUGGAAGCUGCCGCUGGAGCUCCUAAAGUUCUGUGUUUUUAGGGUGAAGCCGGUUUGGUCCAUCUCCAUAGCUGCUGUGGUUUUGGGGUUUCUGAUGCUGGGAAGGAGAUUGUAUAAGAUGAAGCAUAAGAGCAGAAGCAUUCCACUCAAGGUCAGCAUCGAUGACAAGAAGGCAACCCAGUUCAAGAUCCAUGCUGCACGUAUCAAUGAAGCAUUCUCAGUGGUGAGGCGUGUUCCCAUCAUGAGAGCUUCACUCUCAGCUGGUGGUGUGACCCCAUGGCCUGUGGCAGGCUUUCAAUGAGUUGAUAAGACCAAAUGUGUUGAAGCAAUGUACUUUGCAACGAACUUUUCAGAUACAUUAUUGGCAUAGGAGGUUUUUUUUUUUUUUACCCCUUUUUUCUUUUUCAGUUCCUCACUGUUGUCCAUAUGUCUGCAAUGGUCCCUCUUGCAGUUAACUAGAUAAAGUCAUCGAUGCUGUUAUGGUUAUUAUGUAACCAUGUCUUUAUAAAUAAAAAUUCCCUACUUGCCAAGGUGUCAGCAA